AUGGCGCGGGAGUUGCCGAAUGGAGCACUUGCCAAAAAACCGCUGAAGGAAUCGAAGCUCAUCAUGCCUAUGACUCUGGAUGAGUGCAAGACCAAGGUGACUGAGGCCAUCAACAAGUACCAGCCGCAGAUUGCGCAGCAUCUCGGUGGGUCUGGCCCUACGUUUGAGGUCGACUGGGACUCGUUCGAGGCGGCCAACAACCCCGGGCGUGUGUUCUACCACCUCACGUCGUGGACUGGGUGGUACACGUUUGGGUAUGUUGAGGAUGCGAUCAAGGACUGCGUCAACAACUACGACGGGCAGGACAAGCUCUCUGCGCUGGACAAGAUCAUCUUCCGGCACAACAACGACGGGCUCCCGCGUGACGACCGGUGCAAGGUGGAGGGCAACGACCUUGUGAUCACGACGUCGUUCUGCUGCUACUGGCACUGCUUCUACCGGUCGGACAUCACUGUGGCGCUUGUGAUCCACUAUGAGCUCCACGAGGGGUACAUCACCAAGAUCAACGAGGCUGCGGCGGAGGCGUCCGAGUCUGGUUGGGGCGGUGUGACGUGCGAGACCGACUGGGACACGUUUGACUUUACGGAGGAGGCUGCGUCCGAGUUUGAGGGCAAGAAGAUGAAGGCUGUGGCACUCAAGAACGCGUCGUCGUGGAGCGCAUACUACUCGUGGCGGCCGGUCAAGUGGGCCGGGCAGGGCGGAUGGUACGAGGACUAUUCGGACGAGGAGAAGCAGACUGCGUUCUCAAAGAUUGUGAUCAAGUGUGGGCGGUACCAGCCGCCACCGGAGGGCGUCUCGUACUGGUGGCACGACCAGUCUGUGGUCAAGUACGGCAUGGAGUCGAAGGUGAUGACGAUCAAGUCGCUCUUUGCGCAUGACCGGUACUCGUGGCACUACGCGUCGUCGUGGGACAUUCGGCGUGUGUCGAACCAGGUGCUCCGGCUCUUCCGGUUUGGCAAGUUCGAGGAGAUGGACGCGGACGCACACGACAAGAAGAUCGACUUUCUGCGCUCGGUCUGCACCUCGUGGGAGAUCCGCCGCGGUGACUUUGACUGGCUCCGCAAGAUCCUCAACUACCCGUGCUUCUACCCCAAGGACAACCACGAGCGCAACGCGGCCAAGAUUGUGGUCGAGUACAUCAACACGCCUGCGUACCGUGAGAAGGCGAUCAUGGAGGACACUGCCGAGGACGAGCGGCAGGCGCUCAUCGACCGCGGGCUCGACCCGGAGACGCCCGAGGAGCUCAUCGGCGGCUGGCUUGUGACCAAGAUCAACUGGAAGGGCAUGCAGCAGGACCGGAUGGUGGUGGUCACCGACCGUGCCACGUACACGGCGGUGCCCAAGUUCAAGGGCAAGCUCAAGAAGGCCAAGAAGCUGCACCGCAUCUCGCACCAGUACUACUCGUACGUCAACGUGGGCGAGUUCAAGACCAAGGCCGGCGGCGCGCCGUCGGUGACUGGCGGCUCGCUGCCGGGCAAGAUGCCGAACAUGCCGGACCUGCCCGACGUCAACCUUCCCGACGCGCCUGACGUCAACCUGCCCGACGUCAACCUGCCCGAUGUCAACCUGCCCGACGGCCCGGACAUCAACCUGCCCGGCCGCGGCGGCUUCCGUGGACCGCCGCAUGCGAUCAAGUACUUUACCUCGCGCCUCCGCAAGGAGGAUGAGCCGCCGAAGAAGUUCAAGAUGCCCAAGAUCCCCAACCUGGUCGAGGGUGUGUGCGACAUGCUCAAGGCCAUGGUCGACAAGCUCAAGGAGAUUGAGAUGCCGUCGAUGCCCAAGCCGUCGAUGCCCAAGCUGACGUGCCCGGACCUCCUCGAGCUGUACACCAAGUGCAAGCCUGGUGGCGGCGACGACGACGACUCUGGCUCGUCGGGCGGCACGACGCGCUCGCCGUACGCGUGCGCGGCCAACCUGCCGCCGCCGUCGGACGCCGGCUCGGCGUCGGGCGCCGUCGCGUCUGCGCUCGCGGGCAUGGACCUCGACGAGCCUGAGGUUGAGGAGUCGGACCCCAAGGUGCCCGGCAUGCUCGAGAAGAUCAUCGAGAAGGUCAAGUCGCUGGGCGACAUCGAUUUUGGCCUGCCCGACUCGUUCUCGCUCGUCGGCAUCCUCAAGGCCAUCGGCAAGUCGUGCGGCAAGCUGCUCGGCGCCAUUCCGCUGCCCAAGCCGCCGUCGCUCUCGCCGGGUGACGCCAUCCAGAAGAUCCUUGACAAGCUCGAGGGCAAGACUCUGCCGGACAUGGGCUCGUUCCCGUCGCUCACCGAGUGCCUCACCCGCAUGAAGGAGGACGCGGCCAACCUGUCCCCCAUCCCCUUCCCGGACCCGCCGUCCAUGCCGGGCAAGAAGAUCCUCGAGGCGUGCAUUUCGGUUGUCUCCUCCAUCGAGCUGCCCAAGUUUGACCUCAACAUUGCCGACUUCGUGCCGAACAUGCCCAAGCUGCCUGGCCUCCCGUCGGCGCCCAAGCUGCCCGGCAACCUGCCCGGUGCGCCCAAGCUGCCUGGCGGCGGCAAGCUGCCUGGCUUCAAGUCUGGCGAGAAGCCCGUCAAGUCGGAGUUUGUCCAGCUCCUCUGCAAGCCCAUCCUCUCCAAGUCGAUCCAGGGCGCGUCCAAGUACGCUUGCCUCGAGAUCGGUUGGGUCAUCGCCGCUGCCGCCUCGGCCUACCGCCGCGGCUGGGUCUCGGGCAUCUCCACCAGCGACAUCUCCGUCCUUGUCUCGUUCUCCUCGGGCAUCUACAACAAGCUCGGCAAGAUCACCGGUAUGGGCAAGUCGUCCAAGCCCUCGGGCGAUGGCCCGGCUGCCGUCGACGAGGAUGGCGACGACGCGUAAGCGCUUGUUGCACUGCACACACAUGCAUGCAUUUCUCCCUCCACCCUACUACUCCACCAUCUAAAACACUACGCAAUGA